AUGAGCAUGGCAACGGGGAAAGAGAGCAAGAAGAGCAGCCACGACGGUGAGCGUACCGUCGCCAUUGGGGCAUCUCAUGGCAAGGUGGCAGGGGCCCAUUUUCCUGUGAAUACGAUCACCACCUCCAAGUACUCCUGGUAUUCCUUUCUGCCUCUGGUGACUUUGGAACAGUUUCAGAAAAGAGCAAACGUUUACUUUACAUUCAUCACAUUUCUGAUGUAUGUGGGUGAACACAGCACCUUCAUUGACUCCACAGUUUCAUGGUGGUCUACAGCAGCAGUUCUGAUUCCGAUGAUGGGCUUGAGCAUGGUCAUAUCUGGAUUGGAUGACUUGCGGCGGCACCAGUCUGAUCGCCAGAUCAACUCACAGCAAGCCCGAGUCAUCCGCUUGGGUGGGAAAUACGGAGUGUACCUGGACACCGUCCUUUGGAAGAACAUCCAUGUGGGAGACAUCAUCGUCCUCAAAAGCAGCCCGGAAAUUGCGGCAAAUUGA